CGGCUAGCGAGCCGCAGGGACUGUGCCUGGCGCACUCACUUCCGCGUCCCGCCGCCCCCCGGCCCGCGCGCGCCGAGCCGCCGCCGCCAUCGGACAAUGGGUCGCCCGCCCCAGCUGCCGUGAACUUCCUGCCGCGGCUCGGCCGCCCGCGUGCCCCGGACCGCGCUCCCGCCUGGCGCUGGCCGGGAUCGCAGCUCCGGGGAAUCCGCGGAGGACCCAGCGCCCGGGACGUACCUGCGCCUCCGCCGCCGCGCCUUUGCUCCGGGCCGGACCCGCGGCCUCUGCACUCCCGGCCGAAUCAGCUUCACCCGGCCCAGUCGGCUGCUGCCUUGCUUUGGGUUUUCGUGUUUGGUUGCCUAAGGAGGAUGUGAUUUUACUUUUUUGCUGUUUUCUUUUUCCUUUUAUGAUUUGAAGAGGAGAAAAGAACUCCGCUGAGCAGGCCCGGGACAGCGAAGCGCCCCCAGCUCCCCCAAGGACGUCUUCAGGAGAAAGGGAGUGGGAAGCAAACUUGGUCCAGCUGGCGUGGUGGCCUCAAGUUCCGCUGGACUCUUAAGUCGUGGGGUCAUGCCCCUCACGCUGGGCACGUGGAAGUCUUUACCUCUUCUGGGCCGGACUUGAGCCCCCACGCUUCGCCAGCAUCUCCCCGCUGCCCUCAACACCCACACAUCCGGCACCUGGGCUAGGCGGGACACCUGUCUGCAGCAUGGAUAAGUAUGACGACCUGGGCCUGGAGGCCAGUAAAUUCAUCGAGGACCUGAACAUGUAUGAGGCCUCCAAGGAUGGGCUCUUCCGAGUGGACAAGGGUGCAGGCAACAACCCCGAGUUUGAGGAAACUCGCAGGGUGUUCGCCACCAAGAUGGCCAAAAUCCACCUCCAGCAGCAGCAGCAGCUCCUGCAGGAGGAGACCCUGCCCCGGGGGAGCAGAGGCCCUGUCAAUGGAGGGGGCCGCCUGGGCCCACAAGCCCAUCCGGAAGCUGGUGUGGGCAGCAAGCUGUCUGUGGAUGGUGCUGCCAAACCCCCUCUUGCUGCCUCGACAGGGGCACCUGGGGCAGCCACCACCCUCGCUGCUGGGCAGCCCCCGUGCCCACCGCAGGAGCAGAGAGCCAGGCCAUACCUGCAUGGCACAAGGCAUGGCAGCCAGGACUGUGGUUCCAAGGAGAGCCCGGCCAGUUCUGAGAUGCCUGCUUUCCACCAGCCAGGCCCCUGCGAGGAUCCUUCCUGCCUCACUCAUGGAGACUAUUAUGACAAUCUCUGCUUGGCCAGCCCUAAGUGGGGUGACAAACCAGGAGUGUCCCCUAGCGUCGGCCUGGGUGUAGGGAGUGGGUGGCCUAGCCCCCCAGGGAGUGACCCACCAUUGCCCAAACCCUGCGGGGACCAUCCCCUAAACCAGCGACAGCUCUCCCUGAGCUCCAGCAGGUCUUCUGAGGGUAGCCUCGGUGGUCAGGAUACUGGCAUUAGUGGCCGCAGCAGCGAGAAGCCAGCAGGCCUUUGGUCCACUGCCUCCUCCCAGCGAGUGAGCCCUGGCUUGCCUUCCCCAAACUUGGAGAAUGGAGUUCCAGCCCUGGGGCCUGCUCAGCCCAGGACCCCUUCUGUGUCAGCACCCCUGGCCCUGAGCUGCCCCAGGCAAGGAGGUCUUCCAAGAACAAACACGCGGCCAGGGGGUGAGGUUUCAAGUGUGACGUCCAAACCCAAUGUGGACCCCCAAGCCUGGUUCCACGAUGGGCCCAAAUCUUACCUUUCGAGUUCUGCCCCAUCAUCCUCACCUGCUGGCCUGGACGGUUCACAAUCGGGUGCAGUCCCUGGGCUGGGGCUGAAGCCUGGCUGCACAGACCUUGGCACGGGUCCCAAGCUCAGCUCCACCAGCCUUGUCCAUCCAGUGAUGUCCACCCUGCCUGAGUUAUCUUGUAAAGAGGGUCCCCUGGGUUGGUCCUCUGAUAGUAGCCUGGGACAUGUGCUCCUGGAGAGCCCCAGCUCCCCUAGGGUAAGGCUGCCCUGCCAGCCCCUUGUCCCAGGUCCUGAGCUGAGACCCUCCGCCGCUGAGUUGAAAUUAGAAGCCCUCACCCAACGUCUGGAGCGAGAGAUGGAUGCUCACCCGAAGGCCGAUUACUUUGGAGCCUGUGUGAAAUGCAGCAAAGGGGUGUUUGGGGCUGGCCAGGCCUGCCAGGCCAUGGGGAACCUCUACCAUGACACAUGCUUCACCUGUGCAGCUUGCAGCCGGAAGCUGAGAGGAAAAGCCUUUUAUUUUGUCAACGGCAAAGUGUUUUGUGAAGAAGACUUCCUGUACUCUGGUUUCCAGCAGUCGGCUGACAGGUGUUUUCUUUGUGGACAUCUGAUCAUGGACAUGAUCCUACAGGCCCUGGGGAAGUCCUACCACCCCGGCUGUUUCCGCUGUGUCAUCUGUAAUGAGUGUUUGGAUGGAGUGCCCUUCACCGUAGACUCAGAGAACAAGAUCUACUGUGUCCGAGAUUACCACAAGGUACUGGCCCCCAAGUGUGCAGCCUGCGGGCUUCCCAUCCUUCCACCUGAGGGCUCAGACGAGACCAUCCGUGUUGUGUCCAUGGACAGAGACUACCACGUGGAGUGUUACCACUGUGAGGACUGUGGUCUGGAGCUCAAUGAUGAAGAUGGCCAUCGCUGUUAUCCGCUGGAGGAUCACCUGUUCUGUCACUCCUGCCACGUGAAGAGGCUGGAGAAGAGAACCUCGUCCACAGCCCUUCAGCAGCACCACUUCUAGCCAGCGCCUCUUGCAGGCAUCACGGCAGGGGAUGAGGAGCCAGGGUUGCUGAUGCUGCUUCCGGUGGCCCCUGGGGUGGAAGUGGGGUAGGGAAAGAGGAGGGGCAGGAGGGAGCGUUCCUGUAUGCGUGAGGUGCCUUUCCUUUAACCAGGGAGGUGAACACUACCUGCCUGCUACGUGUAUUUUCCAAGUGCUUUUCUCUGUUGCUACAUUUUCCUCAGGUGACUCAGGAAAACGCUCCAGAUGUGCAUAGCAUAUGACGUAAGGUUACAUCACUGCCACAAAGGAAUCCCGUCCCCGCCAGGAACAUUUCAUGCUUCAGAGGGAGAGGUUUUUGUUGAGCUUGUUUCACAAUAUCCCCUUGAAGGGACAGCUCAGCUGCCAAUACAUUCACCCCUUGCUCUUCCUUCGGGAAAAUACCUAAACCUGAAUGCCCCUCCCCCCAUACAUACCGUGACAUAAUUUAAGCCUUCUUUUCACCCAAGAGCUUCGGUUCUUCUGCAGAAUGGCUGCAAAUUUCAUUGCAUUAAGGCAAGAAGGAAGCUCUAAUAUGUGCUUUGUAUCCCAAGAAGAAUUUGCUUAGAAAACCAGAGGCAAGAUUUGAAAUAAGUGAGGCAGGGUUUCCUCCUCAGACACUGACAGCAUUCCCUGUGCCCCUGCAAACCCUUACUCUCCUAAAGGCAGCUGAGGCCCCGACAGAAAUUUGCCCCGUGUGAGUAAAACAUACUUUGGGAGAAGAACUUGGUGCAGGCACCAGGAUUUUUUGUUUUUGUUUUUGUUUUUGCCCACCUGUCUGCGCUGUUUUUCUCUGGCGUUCCCAAGAGUCGGUGACUUAGAGCCACUUCUGCAAGGCAAGUCUCAGGAACCCAUGCAGGUACAUCGCUUGCACCUGUUUGUAGCUUAUUUAAUGACGGGCUUUUGGGAAGAACUGCCCUCAUACUGAGAGACAGCUCCAUACAGACAAGGAGAGUUUUUGUGUGUGAGCGAUCUCUAAGCCAGCGUGGGAGGGAGCGCCUCAGGAUAAGUUAUUAUUUUCAUUUCAUUGGUUUCUCUCCUGCCCAAUUCUUGGCACAGGCAUUAUGUUUGAGGAAACCAGUAUAAGGUACACUGCUUUCGUCUAAUUUUUUUUAGUUGUUUCCUUUCACUUUCAGUCUUCCACACACAAAAAAAUACCUCACAGAUAGAGCUUCACCAAAUCACAGAUUCAGGAGGAAUUUGGCUUUCACACGGGACUCAGAUACCUUCUUUGGUGGGUUGGAAAUCACUGGCUUCACACAGGCCAAACGCCAGCUGGUCAGGGCAGUGUGAUCAUAACUAAAGGUCAGCAGGGAAUAGAUCGGAUUCAGCACUUUUGCCUGAUGCAUUUCAGCAUCCUGGCUCCCCAGGGUGGCAGGAGCUGAGGGAGGGCCACAUCCUGGCAAGAUUUCAAGAUCACCCUCUGCACUGAAGAGGUAAAAUUUGCGCUGCAAGUCACAUUCCUGAGGCCAGAGGUCAAUAGUCCUUGGUAUUUCGAUUAGAAGAAGCUGCAUAAGAAAGGCAGCCCAUUUUACCACUGCCAGCCAGGCCGGGAACACAGGAGGCAGGCGGCAUGUGCACUCCGCCUCCUCACCUCACACCCAGAGCAAGAGGACUGGGUGCUGGGCUGCAGAGGGCGGUCCGUGGAGCCCCUAGCACGUGUGAACUCAGGCUUGUCACUGGGCCUGGCUCCACUUCUAGGCCACGUUUUGACUCAUUUGGUAAUCGUUGCCUGUAAGAAGCACAGAAUUGGUGCCGUGGAUGAUCUUUUCCAUUUUGAUGAAAUUCAUUCUGUUGGAAUUCUUUGGCCAGAUGCCACUUCAGCAGGGUGUGCACCUUUAUUGGUUCUUUUUCACAGGCUGAGCCUCCUGAAAACCCAAGAAUGCUGGGGCUGGGGAAUUGAACCCUGAAUCAGGGACCCUCUCUUCCCAUCAAGUCAUCCAGCUCAGUGUGGGCAUGGCAGGGGGGUAAAUGAAGCCAGCCAAUGUGUUAACCUGUCUCUGUCAACCUAAGAACAUUGGCCUUACUGACACACCUUCACUGCACAUUCAAGACAUACAGAGUAAAGAAAAUUGCAGUUGAACUACCACCAGACGUAGCUGGGAUUUGUUUGCAAAUUGAGUAAUUAGUUUAAAAAUCUGUGAUUACAUUGUUUAGUGAAAAUUUUAAAGUGGCCUAGAUUGAGGUGAUUCAGAUAGGUUUGCAGAUAUACCAUUUUAUAUUGUUGAGAAAGAACAAUAAGAGAAUUUCCAGAUCUCCUAGAAAUCCUAGCAAUGGAUUUCUCUUGUUGUCAGUUUCCCUGGAAGGUGCCAGGUAGGAAUCUCCAAUAAGUUGUCUCCCCCGCCCCCGCUUCAGGGCCUUGCACAAAAGUCAUGAAGAGAUGUUCACCUACCUGGUAUUUUAAAUGUUCUAUAAAUUAUUAGCCAAACGGAACUGUAAUGGGGUUGUAUUUAUGGUUGCCUAGAAAGAAAACACAAGGACUUGGUAGGCCAGGAAGAAAAGGUUUUAAAAUUUAGAAUGAACAGCCCUUCCGGGUUUUCUGUUUGACAGUUCUUGGACUAUAGGUAAAACAAGGAGGAUUGUGGCCUGAUUUCAGAUCCCAAAGCCAGCCUCCAUCUUGUGCCUUGGCCUCAUUGUGCCUUUUAGGUUUUUUUUACCCACUGUCUCCUGUUUUGUCUUUUUUUUUUUUCUUUUCUCCUACCCCUGUCUUGGGACAUUCAGAAACUGCCUGGCUGGUUUGAGAAGAGACAGUAACCCAGUUUGAUCUGCAAUAUAAGGAUCCAUUCGUAUUCUCUGUUCCCCCAUCUGCCGUCUUGGUUCAUCUCACCCCAGAAGGGCAUUUAGUCCUAACCGGCCAUCGGCUGCUUAUGGCAGCAGGAUGGCACUUCCCAUUUCUCUGUGGUUAGUGCUCGAGUGAAAACCUCUGUCAGCGGAGUCCUCUGAGGUUAUGCUGUUGAGUCCUGGGUGACUGAUAGAAUGAUUGAGGAGUUCUGAUCACCCUCAAGCGCCAUCAUUGCCUUGUUUCCAUGGGCUUGAGUCACACAAAAUGA